GAUUAAUAUUGUACAUUAGAAUGUAAGACUCAUUGUACAGUCUGUCCUGUCAUCUGGCAAUACCUUUUUUAUCUAUUUAAGUUCAAGUUAUAUGUGUCAUAUUCAUAUUCACCACAUGAAGAAAAAAGAGGAUGAGCACGGCGAUGACAUGGCAGUCUGAUAGAUAACGUAAGCUAGAUAAGUAAUUCUAUUGUUAAAUAAAAGAGAACUAAAGAAAUAAUAAAACAUGGUGUCAGAUGCUUAAAUACCCACCAAGAAAUUUAAAGUAUUAAACAUUCUGUUAAAACUAACUUUGAAAAAAAAAAAAAUAUUUAAUUAAAAACAUAAAAUGGCCGAACAAUCUAUUCGAGGCCCCAGUGAAAUGAAUUUUGAUGAGCCAGCCAAAAACUGGCCCAUGUGGAAACAAAAAUUUGAAAUAUUUCUGACUGCGGCAAAUAAAAAUGGAGAAGGAGAACCUUUAAAAAUAGCCCUUUUUCUUCACCAUAUAGAAGAAAGAGGUAUUGAAAUAUUUAAUGCACUUGGACUCCCUGAAGAGCAAAGAACAUUAGCAAUAGUGAUGACGCGCUUUGAAAAUUAUUGCAUUCAAAGGCGUAACACAGUGAUGGAGACCUUCAAAUUUGGCUCGAUAACUCAGAAACAGGAUCAAUCAUUCGUGGAAUUUGAAACAGAAGUACGAAAUCAAGCUAAAUUUUGCGAAUUCACGUGCUCAGCUGAAGGUUGUAAUCAAUCGUAUAUUGACCGAAUGAUAAAAGAUAAAAUUAUUCUGGGAUUGGAAAAUAAAAAAUUGCGGUCGAAGCUCUUGGAGUCAAGUCAAGAUACACUCGAGCAAAUAAUAGAAAAGUGUAAAAUUGCUGAGUUAUCCGAAACAAAUAAAAAAAUACUCAACACCGAGGAAGACGUCAUUAAAGUUGAAGCCAUAAAAAGUUUUACAGUAAAUAAAACUAAGCAGCCGUAUGUAAAUCGACAGAGGAACACUCAAACAUGUGAGCGAUGUGGAAUGACGUCAUCACUACAACAUGAUAAAUUCUGUCCAGCAGUAGUGGAAGGGAGAACAUGCAGAAUAUGUCACAAGCCUGGGCACUUUGCAGUUAUGUGCAGGAAAAAAUAUAGUGGCAGAAGAUCAAAUAGUAGCAAUUAUGUACAAGCAGUUGGAGGAGAGGAAAGAGAACAAACAGGUGCAGCAGUAAAAUCAACUCAGUCAGUAGAUCAACAACGUGCAGCAGAUCAACAACGGGGCAUACAUUCAGUAAAUAUUAAUAGGCAAUAUUAUGAUGACGCAGACGUAUAAGGCCGAUCGGUUGGUAUGAAGAAAUGUUAUUUAACAAUGUUAAAGUCAAUUUCAAAUUGGAUACGGGUGCUGAUGUCAGUUGCUUGCCAAUUAAAUACAUUGAAGAAAUGAAUUACCUGAAUUUAAUUGAAAACUCAA